ACAAGUUCUAACCAUCCCCUCACCUCCGCGGCAACCCCCAGCCGAACCCUAGAGGCUUGAGGCCUAAAUCUUUUCCUUUCUCCGGUCCAUGGUCCAUCCAUUUCGAUCACGAAGUGAAUCGGACUCGGAGAGUGUGACAGAGAGAAAUUGAUUCGAGCUACGAUGUCUGCUCUCGUUCGAUUUUCGAGAGCGGCGAGGUCGAAGCUUAGAUGCAAUCUUCUUCGUCAUCCCUAUCCAUGCAUCCGUCCUUCAUCUGUGCUUGGCGUUGAUGCAUCCCUCCUUCAUCUGUGCCUGGACGAGCGCAGUUUCUGUUCACAAUCUCGACACGACAAUCGAGACGGUGGCAUCGAUCUGAGCCAAUACUCGCCGGAAAAAAUCCGAAACUUCUCCAUCAUCGCUCAUGUCGACCAUGGCAAAUCGACGCUUGCAGAUCGGCUUUUGGAGCUCACGCAGACCAUCAAGCGGGGGCACGGGCAGGCGCAGUACCUCGACAAGCUUCAGGUAGAAAGAGAGAGAGGUAUAACGGUCAAAGCACAAACAGCAGCUAUGUUCCAUCGGCAUUCAUUUGGUCAUCCUGAUGCAUGUGACUCGCAAACUGCACCUUGUUUUUUGUUAAACCUGAUAGACACCCCUGGUCAUGUGGAUUUUAGCUAUGAAGUAUCAAGAUCACUCGCAGCUUGCCAGGGUGCACUUUUAGUUGUUGAUGCUGCUCAGGGAAUUCAAGCACAGACAGUUGCUAAUUUUUAUCUUGCCUUUGAAUCAAACUUAAGUAUUAUCCCCGUGAUAAACAAAAUUGAUCAGCCUACUGCUGAUCCAGAUCGUGUUAAAGCUCAGUUGAAGUCCUUGUUUGACCUUGAUCCUAAAGAUGUCCUUUUAACUUCUGCAAAAACUGGACAAGGGCUUGAGCAAGUCCUGCCUGCUGUUAUAGAGCGUAUACCUCCUCCCCCUGGAAAAUGUGAUUCACCUUUGCGAAUGCUUUUGUUAGAUUCUUAUUAUUAUGAAUACAAAGGUGUAAUCUGCCAUGUUGCUGUGGUUGAUGGCACUUUACGCAAAGGGGACAAGAUUGCAUCUACUGCAACUGGUCAGAGUUAUGAAGUGAUAGAUGUUGGAAUAAUGCAUCCUGAGCUUACACCAACUGGAAUGCUUUUCACUGGACAAGUUGGUUAUGUUGUUAGUGGCAUGCGUUCUACAAAAGAGGCACGUGUUGGUGAUACGCUUUAUCAUGCCAAAAGUGUUGUAACUCCUCUUCCAGGUUUCAAGCCUGCAAAACACAUGGUUUUUUCAGGCCUUUAUCCGGCUAAUGGAUCUGAUUUUGAAGCCCUUAAUCAUGCAAUAGAGCGAUUAACUUGCAAUGAUGCUAGUGUGUCAGUUGCCAAAGAGUCUAGUACUGCACUUGGCCUGGGGUUCAGGUGUGGGUUUUUAGGUUUACUUCACAUGGAUGUCUUUCAUCAGCGGCUUGAACAAGAGUAUGGAGCUCAGCUCAUAUCGACAGUACCAACUGUACCUUAUAUAUUCGAGUAUUCGGAUGGCAGUAAGGUACAAGUUCAAAAUCCUGCUGCACUGUCUUCAAAUCCUGGAAAGCGUGUUACUGCUUGCUGGGAACCUUCUGUUAUUGCUACCAUUAUUAUUCCUAGUGAGUAUGUUGGGCCUGUAAUUACACUUUGUUCAGAAAGGAGAGGAGAGCAGCUCGAAUAUUCAUUUAUUGACAGUCAGAGAGCACUUAUGAAGUACCGACUGCCACUAAGGGAAAUUAUUGUGGACUUCUACAAUGAAUUGAAAAGUAUAACAUCUGGAUAUGCUACAUUUGACUAUGAGGAUUCUGAGGUGUAACUCCUUGUUCCUCCCGCUGUCAGGCUCGACUAGGUGAGGAACGAAGGAGAGAGAGAUCCCUCCCCUUUAAAUAGGAGGUGAGCCUCUAUUAAGGGAAAUAAAUUUUAAUUUUUGUAUUUAUUUAAUAUAAAUUAUUUCCAUUUAAUAUACUACCAAAUAUGAUAUCAUCAUAUUUGGAAUACUUACUAGUUAUUUCCUUAAUUCAUAUCAACAAACAAGGAAGUAGAUUAGGAUUUCCUUAAAUUAUAAUAACAAGUAAGGAAAGAAAAUCAAUUCCUAACUUAAAUAUUUGAUGUGAUUACAUUUCUCCCCUCCUAUAGGAAAUUUGGUCCCCAAAUUUAGCUUACCUUAAUAGAAUAGAUGAGGAUACUGCUCUUGCAUAUCUUCUUCUCUUUCCCAUGUUGCCUCUUGGUCUGAAUGGUGUUGCCAACAAAUCUUUACCAAAGGUAUAAUUUUGUUCCUUAGAACAUGUUCUUUUCUUUCCAAGAUCUGGGUUGGUUGUUCUCUAAAAGUGGCAUCAUCUCGUAAUUGUAGAGGUUGGUAAGAUAUGACAUGUGAUGGAUCCCUGAUAUAUCUUCGAAGCAUAGACACAUGAAAUACAUUAUGGAUACUAGCUAAAGCUGGGGGCAAUGCCAAUCUGUAUGCUACAGGCCUAACCUUUUGUAAGAUCUCAAAUGGGCCAAUAAAUCUUGGGGCUAACUUUCCCCUUUGACCAUACCUCAUAACUCCCUUGGUUGGCGACACCUUUAAGAAGAUGUGCUCACCAAUUUCGAACUCUAGAUCUCUUCGUCUUCGAUCUGCAUAACUUUUCUGACGACUUUGAGCUGUUAAUAAUCUUUGGUAUAUAAUUCGAAUAUUAUCAACAUCUUUUUGAAUUAAUUGAGGCCCCAAAAGCUUCCGUUCUCCCAUCUCAUCCCAAUAUACAGGUGAUCUAUACUUUCUUCCAUAAAGAGCUUCAAAUGGAGCCAUCUGUAUGCUAGAGUGGUAACUAUUAUUAUAAGAAAACUCAAUUAGAUGCAAGUACAUAUCCCAACUCCCACCAAAGUCUAAAGCACAUGCUCUUAAGAGAUCUUCAAGAGUUUGUAUUGUCCUUUCAGAUUGGCCAUCAGUUUGGGGGUGAAAAGCUGUACUAAAUUUUAACUGCGUGCCCAAAGAUUUUUAUAGACUUCCCCAAAAUUUAGAGGUGAAUCUUG